AUGCGGAACUACGGCCUGCAGUGGGCGGCGAUGCGUCUGGCCAAGGAGGCCGGCUGCGAUACGUACGACCUGUUCGGCAUUCCCCGUAGCGCGGAUCCGACGCUGCCGAUGGCAGGCCUCUAUCGCAUGAAGACCGGAUUCGGGGGGGUGAUCGUGCACCGGGCGCCGGCGUUUGACGCGGUGCUCAACCGGCCGCGUCACGCCGCCUUUCGCGCGGCGGAGAAGACGCGCGCCUGGUACCUGCAGCGGGGCCGUACGCCGAGCCCGGGAGUCUGA